AUGUUGACGGGCAAAGAAAAAGAGGGCAGUGUUUUGCCGUGUUAUUCGGUGAAUUCGAAAGAUUUCGAGACGAGACGAGGGCCGACUUUUGUCGCAUUGGGCAUUGUGGCAUUCGGUUGGCUUUUAAACGAAGUCUCCCUAGCGUGGAUCCACGAACGAGUGCCCCGAAACGUCGACCCGUUACCCGAUUUGUGGUUUUCUUGGUUCCCUGAGGUUCAAGGUGCCAUCCGAAUCACCGAGUAUAUCAUGUUGAUUCUGGUGAUCAACGCGAUGGUUAUCGUCGUCUGUCAUCAGUAUCGAUGGAUCGUCGCAAGACGGGUUUUCCUCUGCGCCGGUCUUUCCUACGUUUUCCGGGCGUUUUGUGUGACGAUCUUUCAGGUGCCCGUCCCCUCCGUUAAUACGUAUUGUGCGCCGAAAACGGCCGGCGGUUUCGACAUUGUCGCUGCCCGAUUGUGCGGCGAUUUGAUCGUCUCCGGUCACACACUCACCAUUUUCACGGCUCUCUUCACUUUCAAGCAUUAUGCUCCGAAGAAGUUGAAGCCAAUCGGUAUCCUCUUCCACAUCUUGGCCUUUUGCGCGAUCGCCGCGAUUCUGAUGGCCCGGAAGCACUAUAUGAUUGAUGUGAUCUUGGGUUACACCGUCUCCUCGCGGCUCUUCAUGGAGUACCACGCGUUGGCGCUUUCCUAUCACGAGAAUUCAUUCGAUCGAAAUAUUCUCUCAUGGAGUUUCUGGAGCUCGAUUGUGCCCUACUUUGAGAGGGACGCUCCACCACCACAUGUUUUCCACAAUCGCUUGGAGUGGCCGUCGAGCUGUCCGCAACGAAUUCGCCGAACGCUUGGC